ACAUAUGAUCCGAAGACAAUAAAAUCAAAACAAAAACACAAUCAUCCUAUCAUCAUGGAAACUGAACUAGAUUUUGAUGAAGAUUUAUUGCAAAAGGCCCAAGAUAAAGUUGGAUUAGGACAGAUUCUUAUUAAAUAUCUUGAAGAAUUUUCAGAGAUUCCUGGUGUACAAAAGGUGCAAAGAAAAAUCGUGCAGGAGAUUAAAUUUCUACAAAAGGUCAUUAAAAACAAAACGCUUAAAAUAAAUCAUGUACAAUGCAGUAAUUUAACACACUACGAGUUUUUGGUGAAAAUUCUCCAACAACAAAGGGAUGUUGUUCACGUUGAUUGUGGUUUUCCAGUUGACUAUAGGGAAAAUCCUCUAAGGGUGGAUAUUGUCUGCGAAAAUGGAUUGAAAUGGAUUAAAGCAAUUGCAAGAAACUCAAAAUCUCUCACUGAUGCAGCUCGUGGCGAAGCUAGCUAUGGCGCACGCAGUAUAGUUGAUCAGGCUCAAGAAUUUGUCGAAGCUUCCUCUCAAAACUUAUGUAUGUUUAAAUGUCCCAAGGUGGUUUUUUAUUUCAGCCAUGAUAUAGAAAACGAAUUGUUGGAGGCCUUGCAAGCUGAAGGUGUGGAAAUUGCUUCUUUGGAACAACCUUCGGAGGUUGACAAGAGUUCCGAUAUAAGCAAUGUUGGCAUUCUUAACUUAGAUAUAACAACUCUAUUGGCUUACGUUAGCAAUGUUUGUAAUGGCAGCUGCAAUUGGAUUUUUCAAGAGCCCAUUUUAACUGAACAAGCCGAAAAAGAAAGAGAAUCCCCAUUGAAGCCUAUACUGGAUAAAUUGUUUUGUGAUAAACGCCUUAUAUGCUGCUCUACUGCCCAUAAGUCUUUCCAAGACAUUGUUAAUCUCCUGGGAGGUCCGUUGGAAAAACAACGAGCCGAUGAACUUACACAACGCAUUGAAAUAUUCCCGGAUGUGGCAUCGAUUCCUUCCGAAAUAGCCAGUAUUAAAUUUAGUGGCAAAAUUAACGAAAGAAGCUUGCUGAUUUUUGCUUUUGGCAUGGAUAUGAAAGCAGUCACUGUAACAUCAAAUAAAGCCUUUGUGCGUUCAGCUAAAAUGCAGGGUAUUAAUGUACCAGUGUUUACCCACCAGGCUAGGGCUUUAACUGAAGCGAAAGAGCAAUUUGCCACCGCUUUGCCGGUGUAAAACUGCGAAAUGGCCUUCGACUUGUACGGUAUAUGGAAUCUGUUAAAAUUUAAGAAAUGUUUUUUUUUUUUACUAAUUACUUUUAUUAGAAAUGAAUGUAUAUAGAGAAUACAGAAUUUAUACAAAUUUAUUAAAAUUUUAAUUAUAUCUUUGUA